AUGGCUCACGAGUUUGUGAACAGCAAACUCCAGCCGGGGAAGGUGGUCGUGUUCAUCAAGCCCACCUGCCCCUGCUGUAGAAAGACCCAAGAGAUCCUCAGUCAGUUGCCCUUCAAACAAGGAGCUCUGGAAUUUGUCGGUAUCACAGCCACUGAUGACGCAAAUGAGAUUCAAGAUUAUUUGCCACAGCUCACAGAAGCAAGAAUGGGGCCUCAAGUCUUUAUUGGUAAAAAUUGCAUAGGUGGGUGCAGUGAUCUAAUAACUGUGCAACAGAGUGGAGAACUGGUGACGCAGCUAAAGCAGAUUGGAGCUCUGUAG